GUCUCCUGUCCUUGUCACAUCAUUAUAAUAAUAAUUAAUGGCUGUAGUAAAUGUAAAUGGUACAUGUCUGCCCUGCCUGGUAAACGAAUCCAGUCUAUUCUAAACUAUGUUCAAGUCGCAAACUCAGACCAAACUCCGCAAACACACAGCCUUUACGUCUUCGCUGACUUUCAAGGAAAAAGAAACAUGAGUUGCUUUAGCUGUUGUGAAGAAGAUGACAUCCAUAAAGCUUCUGGAAAUGGGUCGUUCAUGGCGAAUACCCCCGCAAGUUCUCAUGUAGGCAAUAGCGGAGGACAUGGAUAUCAAGCAAGGGAAGCUGUAACAAGGGACCCACGGCCUGUUACUAUUCAACCCAUUGCCAUCCCUGCAAUAACGGUGGAUGAGCUAAAGGAAAUGACUGAUAAUUUCGGUAUGAAAUCCUUAAUUGGUGAGGGCUCUUAUGGAAGAGUAUAUUAUGGCAUUCUAAAGAGUGGGAAUGCUGCAGCCAUCAAAAAGUUGGACUCGAGUAAGCAACCGGAACAAGAAUUCUUAGCGCAGGUCUCCAUGGUUUCGAGAUUAAAAGACGAAAAUGUUGUUCAGCUUCUUGGUUAUUGUGUUGAUGGAUCCCUCCGUUUCCUGGCGUAUGAGUAUGCCUCUAAUGGAUCACUCCAUGAUAGACUUCAUGGGAAGAAAGGUGUGAAAGGAGCUCAGCCAGGUCCAGUUCUAUCAUGGACACAGAGAGUUAAAAUUGCUUAUGGAGCCGCAAAAGGCCUCGAAUAUUUACACGAAAAGGCACAUCCUCAUAUAAUCCACCGUGAUAUUAAGUCCAGCAAUUUGCUUCUUUUUGAUGAUGAUGUUGCUAAGAUUGCUGAUUUUGAUUUGUCAAAUCAAGCCCCCGACGCUACCGCUCGCCUCCAUUCUACAAGGGUUCUUGGAACUUUCGGUUAUCAUGCUCCAGAAUAUGCAAUGACAGGAACACUUAGUUCUAAGAGCGAUGUUUACAGCUUCGGUGUCAUCCUUCUAGAGCUCUUAACUGGUCGCAAACCGGUAGAUCAUACGUUGCCACGUGGACAGCAGAGUCUAGUGACAUGGGCAACCCCAAAACUAAGUGAAGACAAGGUGAAGCAGUGUGUUGAUGGUAGACUAAAUGGAGAAUACCCUCCCAAAGCACUUGCAAAGCUGGCUGCUGUGGCUGCAUUGUGUGUUCAAUAUGAAGCUGAUUUUCGACCUAAUAUGAGCAUUGUAGUGAAAGCUCUUCAGCCUCUUUUGAAUCCAACUCGUCCAGCAACAACAUCCCGUGGCUACGGUGAAAGGUGACAUCGUGAUGAUGAGCCAAAUAGUGGCUGGAAACUGAAUCAAGACCAGUUGAAGUUGAAAAACCUGCCUGUCAUUAUGAUUUGUUUUGUAAAUAGGUAGCUUUGCUUGUAUUCCACCCUAAAACCCCACAAGUUGAAUUAUUAGAGCUGCCAGAUAAAGAGUAGCUGUAGAAUGUAGAGAUAUUUCAUAUAAUUCAUAAGCGCAGUCUGUCUGUAUUUUACAUUGGUUUUUUCCAUGAAUUCCAAAGAAUGAGAUUGUGACA